AUGUUUAGAAUUUACAAAAAGGAUCUGGCCACUAGAAACGUUUUGGUGACGGCACCUGAUCUCCUCCAGCUCACCGACUUUGGUCUUGCCAAGAUGCUCGAAGGAGACGAGGAGCAUGGCGAAGUUGUAGUGCGAUCUGGCCGCGUGCCUAUUCGUUGGUCCGCCAUCGAGACAUUGACACAGUUGAAAUACUCAUUUAAGACAGACAUCUGGGCUUAUGGUGAGUUACUUAAAUAA